AUGCAACGUCCAUUUAACAUCCUUUUCUUGGGUUCAGACAGCUUCUCAGUAGAUGUUUUCAAAGCUAUAUACCAGAAAAAGCACUUAGAUUUAUACAACAAUUUGUCUGUGAUAACACCCCCUCCAGCGAGAACUGGUAGGCGGUUGAAAGAAUUGAAAAUACCACCUUUAUUAGCAUUAUCGAAUGAACUACAACUAAGGAGCUUCACCCCCAGAGACGUAGAAUUGGCAGAUAUCUACACAUAUUUGGAUACCCGACCAGAUGUGAUACUGACAGCGUCCUAUGGACACCUCCUACCUUCUUCUCUCCUCAAUUUAGUACCGCCGAAGCAGGCUAUCAAUGUUCACCCUUCUCUCUUGCCAAAAUUGAGAGGUGCAGCACCGAUUCAAUGGUCUAUCGCUAGACAAUUACAUGAGACUGGCGUUAGCAUACAGACAAUGCAGGAUGACGUAUUCGACAGUGGUGAUAUCCUCUACCAAAAGUCUUACAAAAUAACAGACAAACCGACCUACAACUCUCUUUCAAAAGAUUUAGGUCAGAUAGCAGCAGAAUGUGCAACAAAUGUACUCGAAAAUCUCAACUAUUAUAUACACAAUUCACGUAAACAAGAUCCUAGUGAAAUCACACACGCACCGAAAGUACACAGAAAGAUCGGUUUUGUUGACUUCAACAAAAUGCCAGCAAGUGUUGUCGAUAGUCGUUAUCGUGCAUUUGGGCAUCAGCGUCCAUUAUCUGGUAAUCUCCUCCAAUCUAAUACAUUACAUCAAUUUCAUGAUAUCGAGCCAUACCCAGGUAUUAUAGAAAUAUUAGAAGACGUUCAGCCCGGAUCUGCGACAUUACUAGGUGAUAAAUUGAUCAUAAAAUGCGCUGAUAUGUCAUACCUUCAAGUCAAAUCACUUAAACCACCAGGAAAGCGUAUUAUGAGUGCUCAUGAAUGGUGGAAUGGUCAUAAACAUGAUUUAAAGGUCGUGAAUUUCACAAAACCAUUAUUAUAGAAUAGGUAAAAUCAGAGAAGUGAUUAUUUUUGUAAAAAUACAUUUUAUUGUACAG